AUGUCUUGCAGGUACUUCCUGAUGGCUUCCACUCCUACGGUAGCCAAAUCUACGAAGGAGAACACAAAUUAUGCUCGCCUCUGCCGUCUCUUGGUCGAUGGGGGUACCAAAGCCUUAAGGCACGCCUUUGACACCUUUCACCCUCCAGCAGACCUAUAUAGGGAUUUACAUGUAACACACCAUUUGAUACUGCAGUCCCUUAAGAAGAGGAGAGUUCUGAAUCCCACACAAUGGGGUAAGCUGUAUCCUACUACUCCUGCAGCUGUAAAAUCAGAGGACUUUGACAUUACACUAUUAAUGGUGCUGCUUAGGAACAUCUGUGGUCUGACUGCCCCUGUCACUGGUUGGGACAGUCUUCCACCUGCUUCAGACAUGAGUGUUGUGGGUAACAUAGCCAGAGUGAAGUUCUAUAGGAACUCGGUCUAUGGGCAUGCCAGCCAGGCGUCUUUGGACGAUCCAACUUUCAAUACCUUGUGGCAGGAGAUAAGUACCGCACUGGUUGCACUUGGUGUAGAUGCAGCCGCUAUCAAUAAAUUGAAAACUGAAACUAUGGAUCCAGUCGGAGAGGAGCACUACAGAGAGCUAUUAAAGGAAUGGAAGAAAGACGAAGAUAACAUUAAGGACAAGCUUUAUAAAAUGGAAGGUAGGAAUGAAUGUUUUGAAUCAUCUGGUUUAAAUAAAUGUCAUCCCCACGGGAUUUACAGUACUCUUGAUGCAGUUAAAUGAUUGCAUUAAGAUGUGGGUGGGUUUUUAACUUGAAAUGGUCGAAAUUGAACUUGAUGACACAAUACUUACUAACCAAUGAAAUCUGAGGGGAUAUAACAAGAAACACUAGUGAUGUGGCGAGCAACAUGUAAUUUUUCGUUCCCUUAUCAACCUCCUGGGAAGAAUUAACAAAGAGUACACUAUAAGUAACUUAAUGAAGUCCAAAGUUUUCGGCGCGACUUACUCUCGACAUUCCUCGGGUACAGUUAGAAACGACCUCAAAGACAUUUAAGGUGAAAUAGGAAAUGCCAGGGAGAUGCUGAACACUACAACCGAAAAUGAAGAUACGUUUCCACUAGAUAACCUUUAAACUGGCUUUAGACAAAGUCUCUUCGAUCUAGUCUGCAUAUAGCACGUGGAAUUGCAGUCAUUGUAUCUAAAGGGCUACCGUUAAAUCCCGCUUUAUUUAAGACGGAUCGUGAGAAAAGUUACGGGGUGGGUGUUUAGGCUUUGUUUAAACUAUACCGGAUUGAUAGCCUUUGCGCCGGUAGGAAACCCAUACCGGAUAGAACUUCCGUUCAUACAUAUAAUAACCGUGAUUCUGGCGCGAUUUCUGUAACGGAGCGAAGUUGCGCCAAGUUGAUCUCGUAAGUGGAAACAGAUGAAAAACGGAAUAGAAAACAUCAGCAAGACCCUAGAGACUUUUAAAAUUUGUCGGACCAAGAAGAAAGGUCAGUAAUCCCAUCUAUAACCAGGUUUUUAUAUUUCUUUUCCAAGUGCUACUCUCAUUUCAAAAGCAACAAGAUUACCCAUGGGAAGUCCAAGUAUUGCAACCAUGGAGGAAAACAAAAAAAAGUGUAGAAUUACUUACUUCUCCCUGUUAAUUUCGGUCACAUCAGUUCGUCGCUUUUAAAAGUGCUAAUACCGUAUCUUUGUUUCUCUGAAGGCAAACAGUAAAAAGGGAGAGAUUCUUGUUAGAUCACACCCCUUUUAAGCAGUUAAACUCCAGCUUAUUUUUGGCAGAUCAUUAGUGAUCAUUAAGUCUAGGAGUCUUUGAGAUGAACCUUAUCUAGUCAAGAAAAUCCUUUGGUCAUCUUACGCAGCAGAAACGUCGGUACCAACAGCACAAAUAUCAAUUAAUUUUAAUAUUGUCUUAUCAUAGAUGACAUCAGAGUCAAACUUGACCAGCUUGACCAGUCCAUGGAGCAAAUGAAAAAUGAAUUGGCAGACAAAAUUAACACACUGGAGCAGAUGAAAAGUGGACUAAAGGAUAACGUAGGAGGCACGUCAGAGCAAAUGGAAGAUAUCAAGAAUAUUCUAUCAACUUUAGCGACGUGCAGAUUUGAUGAAGGUUAGCCUUUACGCUUGCCUGUUUCUCCAAAAUUUAUCCCCCAUUUAUUUUUGAUUAACCGAAAAAAAGGGAGUUUAAAAUAACCUUUAACAGCUAAGUCUAUGUCGAUUUAGUUCCAGGCAAGUAAUUUUCACCAACUCAACAUAUCUUCUUUUUUAUGCGCUUCCGCACGACGAGGACUGUGGGAUAUGAGAAUACAGGAAUGCUUAGUGACACUUGCUCUCUUGUUGCCGUUUUUAAACUUUUAGAAUGUCGAUCACGCGUAGAUGAUAUAAGAUUGACAGAAUAAAGACUAAAUCAACUACAACGGUAUUCCACAACAGAAGUCAAGUAGUAACUUAAAUUCAGGAUAUUUGUAUUUAAGCUGAAUUUUGUAUCAAGUGACAUUAUGUUUUCUCUUUAUGCAGAGCAAAUGAAAAACAACCUUGAACAGAUGAAAGGUGACAUACUGGAAAAUAUACGCGAGCAGUUGGAUACUUUGAUUACAGAAAUGCUAGGUAGGAACUUUUGCAAGCAACUUUUGGGUACAAGCAACCUAGGACAAACCCGCGGUGCAACAAAAGGGUGUUAAUUAGCAGCUCACUUUCUGUUUUGAUUUUGUUCCAGCGUUUUCGAAACCUCUUUUUGUCUUUAAAUAAAUGGCCAAGACUUGCUCUCCAAAAUAAGGUUUGACGGACUCGUAGGUUACGUCUAGGAAGGGUCAAAAUAGCAUCAGAGUUGAUCCCUAUCUUGGAUGUAUAAGAGCUCAUAGACGGGUUAAGAAUUUUUUCCUCUAUAGGAAAAGUAUGAAUUCUUAAAGAUUUAGUUCACGUAACAUCAUGGUAGGUAGUUGUCACGGAUUGUUGCUAAGAGAUAGACUCGAGAGGUCGUGACAUGUAAAAAAAGCUGUAAGAAACUAAAAAUCUUAAAAGGCUUGUAUUCAACAAGCUCUAAGAGUACAGACCAUGCAUGGAUAAUCGUUGCCGAUUUGUUGACAGGCAAGUCUAACCAACCUAUGAAUGUAAAAAAAAGCUCGAAAAAUACCCACAUUAAAGAUGUUUGAGAGACUGCUUGUAUUAUUCAAAUACUCAUGGAGCAAUUUUAUUCCUCAGCAAAAAUUGCAGAGACUUUUGACGAGAUGGAAACUAAAAUGAAAAACAAGUUGGACACCUUGAAGAUAGAAGCGCAAAGAGAAACUGAAGAAGGUAAGAGAGCGUUGAGCGUUGAUCAAUUCGUUUACAGUUCAUUUAUAUAAUAUUUUUGAUAUUUUAACGUUAAUUCACUUUUAUUGAAAGCGUGAAGUUUGAGGUCCAUUUCUCAGUGAGUGGGCAAAAAGGUCAUAAGAGUACUUCUGUGAAAGGUUUCGACCCAGGAGUCAUUUCAAAAGUAGGUUGAGUUUGAUCGUCUAGGUUAACAUAGUCCUGAAUAGGACUGUUGUUGUUGACAGUGACUGACGUUUCUACACUGUGCGGUCGUCAUCUUCAGAGUCAAAGUGAGUUGUAUCACGUCAGUUGAUGGUAUUGUACUCUGGUUAUUGAUCUGAUUGGUCAAUUACGUCGCGAUGUUAUUGGUCGUCUGUCAGUUAAGCCGUGGUGUUAUUGGCUAUGAAGACUCGUAAUCAGUAAUUGGUGCGUUUCGAUCCGUCUAUUUGAUAAUCCGUCUGUUGGUGUUUCGAUCCGUGUAUUGUCACAUCCGUGUAUUGACAAGAGUACUUCUGUAAUGGACAAAGAAAUAGAUUUGCACAAAUUUGUUCUUGGCAAAUAUGUAGCAAGAUGAGAAAACGUAGGAGUAAAUCUAGGGAAAAGAUGGUAAAUGCCACAUGCAAUGUGGCAUUUAUCAUCUUUGCCCAGAUUUACUCCGCAGAACUUUCACAUUUUUGCGACGUAUUUGCCGAGAGCAAAAUAAUUUGUGCAAAUCUUUUUUUUCGUCCAGCAGCUUGCUAAUGCUUUGGUGUCAUGAAAAGGUCUUAUAAUUAGUUCCGUUUUCUUAUCAGACCGGCUAAGGGUUUGGUCUUACUUUGAGAUGUAUUUCUUUUACUUUUAAACGGCCGUCUAGAGUUAAAGGUUUAAAAUGGCCGCUCUAAGGAACAUGGGGUCCCUGGUUGAUUAAGGGGAGCAGUUUUCAGUAUUUUACCAAGUUUAGACAUAAUCUCCCAUCUCUUGCUUGAUUUUCAGUUUGUAUGGAGGCAACUAAACAAAUCGAAAGUAUUCGUCAACUGUAUACAAGUCGAGAAGGAAGGCUUGCGCCCUUUUCUUGGUGUGAACACUUCUACUUUCAUCUUGACGAUAUAUUUACACGGCUCGUUAUGGUGAGCAAGGAGAAAGAAGCAAGGGGAACAGGAGCACGCAGAAAUCUUGAAUUUACCGAAAUAUUCCAAGCACAUAAAGAAUGCGAAGAACCGAAAAAAGUGUUAAUUGAGGGAAAGCCUGGUAUGGGAAAGACAACGUACUGCAAUAAGCUUGUUUACGACUGGGCCACAAAGAAAAACAAACCAGGAGGCUGUUUCCCGGAUUUUCAGUUAGUUCUAUUACUACGAUGCCGCGACAUUGACGUGCAGUCCAACCUUUGGGAUGCUAUUGAUGACCAGCUCCUUCCUCGUGGAAUUCAAUCAGAGGAUAGAGAGAAAUUUAUGAAGUUCAUUCAAAACAAUCAAUCAAAGGUUUUAAUGGUACUCGAGGGUUUGGAUGAGUUACCUAAAAGCAGACUGCCGGAGUUCAUUGCCGAAAUCAUUCAGGGUAGAAUGCUUCCCGGUUGUCACUUGGUAGUUACAGCGCGACACGAGGCUGGGAUACCUGUGGGAAAAGUCUGCGAUACUCUUCUGGAGAUUGAGGGAUUCAAUACUGAAGAUGUCAAAAACUUUAUAUUAAAAUACUUCAAAGGCAAGAAUGGUUUGUCCAGAAAGCUAUUGGACAAGCUCGAGAGCGAUAAUAGGCUCAGAGAGAUGUCGACAAAUCCUCUCAACACUGCACUACUUUGUCUUCUUUGUGAAGAUUUUGAUGGUGUUUUACCUGAAGGAAGAACUCAGCUGUACUUACAAAUAGUGCUCUGUGUUCUUAUGAGAUACAGGGAAAAGAAAGGCCUACCAGAAGAUAAUAAAGACCUAACUGAAUUAUACAAAGAUCAGUUGAAACACCUUGGCUCGAUAGCACUAAACGGGCUACAUGAGGAAUACAUGUACUUUGGUAAAAAGCAACUCGGGCAACAACAUAGUGACCUACCUGGAUUCGGAUUUCUUUCAGUUCAGCCGGGAAGCAAACUACGACCGUUGGAUGAGUGUUACGGCUUUACGCAUAAGAGUUUCCAAGAAUUUUUUGCAGGACAUUAUCUUUGGUGCCAGCUUGUUAGCCAAGAAAUCACCCCUCAAACAUUAGUCUGUGAGGCAAGAUAUUUCCGAAAUAUGCGACAGGUGCUACUAUUUACCUGUGGUUUGCUUGCCUUGCGAUCCGAAGAAAGUGUGGGAGCACUUAUAAGCGCCAUAGCGAGUGAAGUCAACAAAGGCGAUUUAACUGAAUUGUUGCCUGUUGCACUGGAGUGUAUUAAAGAGUGUAAAAAGGGAGACAGUAAUCUUCACUUGCAGCUUGCACGUACCUUUGGUUCACGUCUGACGGUGCAAAAAGCUUAUCUAGGGGGAGAACGGAUUGAUGUUGCUGCUGCUGAAGUGCUUGGUGCCGCACUUGAAACAAACACAACUUUGACAGAUUUGAGUUUGUCUCUCAAUAACCUUGGUCCUGAUGGUGCUAAGUCACUCGCUGACAUGCUUAAAACAAACACAAUUCUAACAGAUUUACAUUUGUCUGCCAAUGACCUUGGCCCUGCUGGUGCUGAGUCACUUACUGCGGCACUUGGUAAAAACACAACUCUAAAAAAUUUGGAUUUGUCGGCUAAUGAACUUGGGCCUGCCGGAGCUGAGUCAGUUGCUAAGGGGCUUGAGAAAAACAGAACUCUUAGAGCACUGAAUUUGUCUGGUAAUAACCUUGGCUCCUCUAGUGCGGAUUCACUUUCCACCGCCCUUGAAACAAACACAAGUCUCACGGCGUUAAAUUUGUCUGGUAAUAACCUUGGUCCUGUUGGUGCUCGGUCAUUUGCUGCUGCACUGAAAAUGAACAAAAUUCUGACGGAGUUGAAUUUGUCUGGCAAUAAUAUUGGUCCUACUGGUGUAGAGUCACUUGCCGCCAUCCUUGGUGUUGCUGGUCGGGAGUCACUGGCUGUCAACCUUACAACAAACAAAACUCUAACAAAUUUGGAUUUGUCUGCCAAUUACCUUGGUCCUGCUGGUGCUGAGUCACUUGUUGCUAUGCUAAUAACAAACAAAACUCUGAUCAAUCUGGAUUUGUCUACCAAUGGCCUUGCUCCCGCCGGUGCUGAGUCACUUGCCGCGGCCAUUGAAACAAAUACAACCCUGAAAGCAUUGAAUUUGUCUCGCAAUAACCUUGGUCCUACUGGUGCUGAUUCACUUGCAGCUGCGCUUAAAACAAACAGAACUUUGACAGGGUUGAAUUUGUCUGGCAACAACCUUGGUCCUGAAAGCGCUCAAUUAUUUUCCGUCGCGCUGGAAGCAAACAAAACUCUAACAGACUUCAAUUUGUCUAGCAACAACCUUGGUCCUGCUGGUGCUGCGUCACUCGCCACCGCGCUCGAAAUAAAUAAAACUCUCACAUAUUUAGAUUUGUCUUAUAUAAAUGACCUUGGUCCUGCUGGUGCUGAGUCACUUGCAGCUGCGCUUAAAACAAACAGAACUUUGACAGGGUUAAAUUUGUCAGGCAAUAACCUUGGUCCCACUGGUGCUGAAUCCCUUGCUGCAGCACUUGAAACAAAUGGAACUCUGACAAAGUUGAAUUUGUCUGACAAUAUCCUGGGUCCUUCUGGUGCCCAGUCUUUUGCUACCAUUCUUGAAACAAACGCCACUUUGACGGAUUUGGAUUUGUCUUACAAUGACUUUUGCCCCGAUAGUGAUAAGUUAAUUGCUGCCGCGCUUGAAAGGAGACUUACAAACCCAGCGAAAGUCAUGGCGGGGAAGCGUAAACUUUCUGGAUACACUUAUUUUGUUCUUCUUUUUCUUAUUUACUUCUUUUUAGUGGUUUGGUGCUACAAGUAG